AUGCUCAGAUCAUUCAAAAAUCUAUCCCCAAAGACGCGCUUGGGCGUCGGUCUCGCCAUAAUAUCCUGGGGUCUGGCGGGCCCUUACCUGUCCGACGCGGCAGAGUCCCGUAUGGGUCUCACGCCUUCCGAGAGGGACAAGGAGGAGCUGGAUAGGAUGACGCCUCACAUCACCGUCGUCGAUGCCAAGAGUGGCACGAUAACCACGGCUACGACCAAGUGA